CCUUGCAUACCAAGUGCCAGACUGCAUCUGUUAAGAUAUAGAUAUUGUGAUUGAGAAUAUGAGUACUCCAAAGUGGAUACCAAAAUUGAACGAGGAAGUGGUCAAAUUGUUUGAACAGACCAGAAAUCUGGAACGUGAUUUUCGCGUCCUAGGUAAAAAAUUUACAACCGACAUCAAUUUGGAUUUGCCCGACUUUUAUGAAUUUGGGCAACUAGUUUCACAAAGCAAGAAGUGUUUCGAAAUCAGUGAACAACUGCAGUGUCAGCUAAUGAAACUAGCUGCAAUGUCAUCAAAUAAGAAAGUGGAGCGUAGUCCAUACAAGGUGUUACAAUCGAAAAAAGCCACAAUGUGCCGACAUAAUUUAAAAAGGCGACAUUUUCAACUGAUUUUCGUCAUAAACAGGAUGAUCAAACUGAUGUUGGGAAAUUCGUUUGAAUCGGAUAUUGUCAUAGACGGAGCAUUGCUUCUAUGUUCAUUGCAUAACGGAAGUGUGGAGAUGACCAAACAAAACUUGAAAGCUGUUAGUGGUGCUCAAGUCUGUAGCAACUCAUUUCCGAUACUUUUACUGUCUCCGAAGAAAAUUGAUGUUGGCAUGAUACUGCAGAUAAUCUCCAAACAACGAAGUGAAAACUGCUGCCUCACACUUAUCCAAUGCCUCCUGGCCACCUGUAGACCAGAAUUAAAUGCAAACACAGAGUCCGACACAAGCAGUGUUGAAAUUCUCAAAGCUUUAACUUUCCACCUGGCAUCACCGUUACAGAAGCCACAGUCGGCAGAUGUGCAACGGACAACUAGCCAAAACGAGUCUCAAAACGAUCGAUCUAAAAGCGCACCUCCGCCGUCUGAUACGAACAAAUUGAGUAGUGAAAUCGCAGCUCCAGCAGUUUUGAGUGAUUCCGAGUGUAAUGAUCCAGCGAUCAAAUUCUUUGACAAAAUGGCAAGUGAGUUGAACAAUCAUGGGAACGUUGAGAGCUUGUUUCAGAACGAUGACGACACGGAUGAAUUGCUGGAACAGCUAAUUGCGAACGAAGAGAACUACAUCGCUAACAUUUUACUGAAAUGCUUGAAAUUCUGUCCAAGUUCGUUCGACAAACAACCCUCGAAAGCGGAAGUCAUUAAAUGGGUAAAUCGGGGCACAAGCAAAUUAUGGGCCCAAGUCGGUAGCACUUUAGAGCACAUUGUGCUUUGGUGGAGCGAUGCACCAUUAGCUUGUCGUCCAGUUGCGUGUGCAAGAUAUUUACGGGACUGGUUGUUGAUCAUUCAGCCUGAAGAUGCUCCAGAACCGAUUUUAUCCACAUUACGAGGAUUGGGUGAAACGUUGACCGUGUACGUAACAGGCACUACAUGGGACAAGCAAUUCCGUUUAACCCUCGUUUCGUCGGUACUUCCAGUGAAUUACAAUUUUGACAAUACGGAAUUUCAUUGCGCUAAUGAUCGGUUGGACGGUACCACCACAGGCCGUUUGUGGAGUGAAUUAUUGUUUAGUUUGACAACAUUUUGUAACAGUUGCGAUCAAAAAGGAACAAUACCCAACGAACUGCCAAUCGUGGAACAAAUUCCUAUUUUACAUAGAUUAGAUCACUCCGUCCAUACGAUGCGGCUUUGGGCAGCAUAUAAAGCAAAAGAACUCUGUACGGAGUGGAAUAUGAAAAUGUUUUUCAAAGUCGUUUACAACGAUGUGAAUCAUUGCUUGGAGCAGCUGAAAGAAUUACGUGUACCGGAAUUAGUACCGGCCGAUUCAUUUGAAGUAUUGGUGCAGGUGUGUGUCGCUUUGCGAGCUAAGCUUGUAUCGGAAAUCAAGGUUAAUGUAAACAAAUUGAAGGUUGGACUCUGCUGUACAGGUUUUCUCGUCACAUUUAACAUCAAAAACAUUUUUUUCCAGCAAACUUAUGGGGAAUGCAUUGAUGUAUUGGCUUCGAUAUGUCAGACUAUAAGCCUAGCAACGCUAACACUUUGUUUUCCCAGUCCCAAGUUAUGGCAGUCGGAUUUAUUACAAGAAAAUGCCAACGAAUACGUGACCUAUUAUUUGAAUCAACUGUAUCUACCAGUACUACAAGCAACACAUAUUUUAGAUAUCUUGAGUUUGAUACUGAAACUGUUAUGCGAAGCUUGGUUGGAUCACAUUUACAUGAGGAAAAUAAAAUUCAGUCGACCCGGUGCAAUGAAUUUGCUGAAAGAUUUUGAUGGUGUUUCCCUAUGGAUUCUGUCGUGCAAUGACGUUCAGAAAGAGCAUGUUGAGAUCUUGGCUAGGCACGAGGUGCUGCGCAUGUGCGAAGGAGUGGGGAAAAUCUUACUCAGAAAGCCUGACGAAGUGAUUUCAAUGAUGUCGGAAAUCAAAUUGACGAGAACGACAAAUGAAGACGAAGAAGAACGAGCACCAUUGCCUCCAGAAAUGUUUGUUCCCAAUCAACAGCGAUGGUUGGAAUUGAGAGCGAGAAAUACUAAGUCGAAAUAUUGCUUGUGCUUGUGCAAUGACACGAAAACCAUCAUUGAAGAGUAAUAAGGCCCGAUUCCAGUCGACAAAAAUC